GUCGCGGGGCUGGUAGCUGGGCUAGCCGCCGAGCGGCCGCUAGUUUAAACUUAAACGAUCGCUCCCCGAGGAGGAGGGGACCCGCCGCGCGAUUGACAGUAUAUUCCUGCAGGCGCCGUCCCUCGGCCCCCACCCCACGGCCGGAUUCCCGUGGCUCUGCUCAGGGCUGAAACCGGAGAAGAAAUCCUUAGAUCUCUUUUCUUUACAACAAAUACGAACCUAGAAACCAUCGGCGUUUUGCCUUGGCGUUUCAUAUUGGAAAGAUGAAGAAGUUUUUCGACUCCAGGCGGGAGCAGGGGAGCUCUGGCCUGGGUUCAGGCUCCAGCGGAGGAGGGGGCAGCAGCUCAGGCCUGGGCAGUGGCUACAUCGGAAGGGUCUUCGGCAUCGGGAGGCAGCAGGUCACCGUGGACGAGGUGUUGGCGGAAGGUGGAUUUGCUCUUGUCUUUCUGGUGAGAACAAGCAAUGGGGUGAAAUGUGCCUUGAAACGUAUGUUUGUCAACAAUGAGCAUGACCUCCAGGUGUGCAAGAGGGAGAUCCAGAUCAUGAGGGACCUAUCAGGGCACAAGAACAUUGUGGGCUACAUUGAUUCUAGUAUCAACAAUGUGAGCAGUGGCGACGUAUGGGAAGUUCUCAUUCUCAUGGACUUCUGCAGAGGGGGCCAGGUGGUAAACCUGAUGAACCAGCGACUCCAGACAGGCUUUACAGAGAAUGAAGUGCUACAGAUAUUCUGUGAUACCUGUGAGGCUGUGGCCCGCCUGCAUCAAUGCAAAACUCCUAUUAUCCACCGGGACCUGAAGGUUGAAAAUAUCCUCUUGCAUGACCGAGGCCACUAUGUCUUGUGUGACUUUGGAAGUGCCACCAACAAAUUCCAGAAUCCACAGGCCGAGGGAGUCAAUGCAGUAGAAGAUGAGAUUAAGAAAUACACAACGCUCUCCUAUCGAGCCCCAGAAAUGGUCAACUUGUACAGUGGCAAAAUCAUCACUACGAAGGCAGAUAUUUGGGCUCUUGGCUGUUUGUUAUAUAAAUUAUGCUAUUUCACUUUGCCAUUUGGGGAGAGCCAGGUGGCAAUUUGUGAUGGGAGCUUCACAAUUCCUGAUAACUCACGAUAUUCACAAGAUAUGCACUGCCUUAUUAGGUAUAUGUUGGAACCAGACCCUGACAAAAGGCCGGAUAUUUACCAGGUUUCUUACUUCUCAUUUAAACUACUCAAGAAAGAAUGCCCAGUUCCAAAUGUACAGAACUCUCCCAUUCCUGCAAAGCUUCCUGAACCAGUGAAAGCCAGUGAGGCAGCUGUAAAAAAGACCCAGCCAAAGGCCAGACUGACAGAUCCCAUUCCCACCACAGAGACUUCAAUUGCACCCCGCCAGAGGCCUAAAGCUGGGCAGACUCAGCCAAACCCAGGAAUCCUUCCCAUUCAGCCAGCCCUGACUCCUCGAAAGAGGGCCACUGUUCAGCCCCUACCUCAGGCUGCAGGACCCAGCAAUCCGCCUGGACUUCUAGCCAGUGUUUCCCAACCUAAAGCCCAAGCCACACCCAGUCAACCUCUUCAGUCAUCUCAACCCAAGCAGCCACAAGCUCCAGCCACCCCACAGCAGACACCGGCUACCCAGACCCAAGGUCUGCCCAACCAGGCCCAGGCCACUCCCCAGCACCAGCAGCAGCUCCUCCUCAAGCAACAGCAGCAACAGCAGCAACAGCCACAGCAGCCUACAGCACCACCACAGCCAGCAGGCACCUUUUACCAGCAGCAGCAGCAGCAGCAACAGCAACAGCAGCAGCAGGCUCAGACUCAGCAGUUUCAGGCAGUACACCCAGCAGCCCAGCAACCAGUCACUGCUCAGUUCCCUGUGGUGUCCCAGGGAGGCUCUCAGCAACAACUGAUGCAGAACUUCUACCAGCAGCAGCAACAACAGCAGCAGCAGCAACAGCUGAUGGCUCAGCAGGCUGCCCUACAGCAGAAGACUGCUGUGGUAGUCCCACAGCCUCAGGCACAGCCAGCCUCAGCCCCACAGGCAGCCGCUGCCCAGGAGCCUGCGCAGAUUCAAGCCUCAGCGAGACAACAGCCAAAAGUUCAGACAACUCCACCUCCAACCAUCCAGGGACAGAAAGUUGGAUCUCUCACUCCUCCAUCUUCCCCCAAAACCCAACGUGCUGGGCACAGAAGGAUUCUCAGUGAUGUAACCCACAGUGCAGUCUUUGGGGUUCCUGCCAGCAAAUCAACCCAGCUGCUUCAGGCAGCUGCAGCUGAGGCCAGUCUCAAUAAAUCUAAGUCUGCAACCACCACUCCCUCAGGCUCUCCACGGACUUCACAGCAGAAUGUCUCUAAUGCUUCAGAAGGCUCCACAUGGAAUCCUUUUGAUGACGACAACUUCUCCAAACUCACAGCUGAAGAGCUGCUGAACAAGGACUUUGCCAAGCUUGGGGAAGGUGAGCAAGCUGAGUCUUCUGUGCUUCAUAGUUGUCAGUCAGCAGAGGAUAAACUGGAAUAUGUCUGUGUCUUAGCUGUAGAGGG